AUGGGUACACAUGGCGAGGAAAAAUGUGCUAGUGGCCAGCAUACAGGUGGUAGAGUGGGUGACUCAAAACUUGGAGAGAGUGACAUAACCUUGCAGGCGGAUACAGAGACGCUUUCCCGUAUAAACGACAAAUGGGUGGAAACCAGCAGGAAGAAUAUGUCGAGCGGUCGUCUGGACAAGACUUUCUCUGCUCGUGGGGAACUGAGCAAGUUCAAUAAGUUGAAUGAGUGGAAUCUCGGGAGCAGCAUUGCCGACGACCCGAUACUCUACAAUUCAAACAGCAGCAGUACCAGUUCGAUGGAGAAUUUUUUGAUGAGAAAGAGACGACAUUCUGGUGAGCUGGAAAGGGUAAAGCUUUCGAAAGUUAAGGGGAUCGAUUUCUUCUCGGUUCAAGAUGAAUAUAUUCCAGAUCUCGAUUACCGCGCAGUUGUGAAAUCAUGGGAGUCAGAUGACUCCACCGAUAAGGAGGAAUCUACAUCAAAGAGAAGGGAUAGCCGAAACGAGAAAUCAACUGCAUUGCUCAACAAACUGCUACAGACAAGGCGGGAGUCGCUACCGAAAACAGGCAUCAGCAUCGAUAAAAACACUUUGACUAGGCAUUCUUCAGCCUGGAGUCAAAGCACUGAUGAGGAAAGCCCAACUGAUAUGGGAGGGCGCUCAGGAUUUUCGCUACUGAAUGACCAAUACAACACUCAAAUACAGCCGUCUAGCAACAGCACAGAAAGCCCGAAGGGAGAAGAUUCCAUUCUUUUAAGCUCCUCUCACGCACAGGUGGACCCUAUUCCACUUCCCAAUCUCAGAGAAUUAAUAACUCCUCCUUCAGCUUUAGAGAUUGAAAGAAGAGUUUCAUAUUCAAGCAACAGGAUGAACAACAGUCUCCGACCAGCCUUCAACUCGUUGAUUCUGAAAUCAUCUGCACCACCAAGGCACUCAUUGAAAAGGAGAACCCCUAUUCCGACGUCCUUGCCCCAAUCUGAGGCGUCUACAUCCGUUUCCUCAUCUUCUUUUGGACAAUCGCAACUCAAUCUUCUAAAUCAAGAGAAUAACUUAAUAUUUUCCACCGAGGAGAUUCUCGGAGUAAUAAAGAAACUGCCGGAAAAUUUUCUUAGUCUACCGUAUUCACAGAGGAAAAAGGAGACAAUCAGGAACCUGCCAGAGGAGAAAAAGGAUAACUACAAAGGCAUGAUGUCCCUGGUCAAAAAAUUCAUGUUACAAAAAUCCAAGAGCAAUCUUUCACUAGCUAACUGUCGAAACAAUGACACCACUGAUGUCAAACCCGUGACACAUUUUGACAAUAGAGCAAGACACGGCUCAGUUGCAUCGCAGUAUCUUAGCACGUUUUCUCCAUCGGUCAGCUCCUUUAUUAGCGUUGAUGACAAGAAUUCAUCAUUAAGGAGCAACGCAGGUAGCAAUUCAAUGGGAACGUCUGCUAGACCGGACGAAAAGGGAAUGAUGUUAUUCAACCAUACAUUAGGCAAGAUUAUCGGAUUUGGUGCAUGGGGUGUGAUACGGGAGUGUACUGAUAACCAUACUGAUAUUUGCAGAGCUAUCAAGAUUAUAAAGUUUAAGGGCAGCACUCAAAUCAAGAAACAAGUAUUCAGAGAAAUCAACAUUUGGAAAGAGAUGAAUCACGAGAAUAUUUUGCCGUUGCUGGAAUAUCAACUGGACAAUAACUACGCCAUGUAUUGCCUUACGGAACUCGUUACAGGUGGUACACUUUACGACACGGUGUUGACCUGGGAUGAUUUCUCUCACACAAAAAUUUCGUGCACCCGACGCUGUAGAAUAUCCACUAUAUUAUCCUUCCAGCUGAUACAGUGUCUAAGAUACUUACACGGUAAAACCAUUGUGCACGGUGAUAUCAAACUAGAAAAUUGUCUGAUAAACAAGAUGAAUAGUGACGACCCAGCCCAGUGGAAGCUCGUUCUUUGCGACUUUGGUAUGAGCUUUUUCUUCAAAGACUUGAAACCGCGGAAUGGUAAAACCGACGCGGAUAGUGCGUCGCAUAUUGGUUCAUUACCUUACGCGUCCCCGGAAAUUCUAUCUGACAACUAUAUGACGAUCAAAUCUGACGUUUGGGCCUUUGGUGUAAUGCUGUACACCAUGCUUCUGGGAAGAUUGCCUUUCAAACACUCCAUGGAGUCGAAAUUGAAAACAUUGAUAGAGAGUGGAAGGUAUGACAAAGAACUGUUGAGGUCAGCUUGCUCGGAAACCGAGUACUCUGAUUUGCGUCGUAUAGUAACAGGUUGUUUGGAAGUCGAUAUGGACAAACGAUGGAGCGUUUCCAGGGUUGAACGGACAUUGCUGAAAUUAUUAGAGAUUUGA